CUGUAUCUCUCCAUGUUUCCUUCCGACAAAAAUAACAGUCAAUUAUCCUUUCAGAUUUCAUUUAAUCAAGAAGACACAAUCCCCCAAGAUCUGAACCGGAUUCUUGGUCAGUCUUCUGCGCAUUCCUUUGACCACCCAAACAACAUUGCAAAUGCCAGGCAGCCAAACCCACGUCGUCGUUUUAGUCCCAAAAAUAUAGAUGAUGAUGAUGAUGAUAGUAACAAGAGGAUUAUGCAUAGAGAUGUGGAGAGACGAAGAAGGCAAGAGAUGGCUACUCUUUACACUUGUCUUAGAAAUCUACUCCCUUUCGAAUAUGUCAAGGGAAAACGUGCAAUAUCAGAUCAUGUUGAUCAAGCAGUGAAAUACAUUAAACACCUGCAAGAAAAGAUUGAAGAAUUUAGUCUGCGCAGAGAUGAGAUAAAGAGAUCAUCCAAUUUAAAGGUUGUUGGCCCCGAAAUUACUGAGAACAAGUUAAAUAGAAGUCCAUCAACUAAUGUAGUGGUUCGCUCAUCUUUUGUUGGAGUUGAGGUAGUGAUAAAUAGUGGGUUUGGGGAGCAAGAUUUGCAGCUUUCAAAAGUGUUGGAACUGCUACUUGAAGAAGGGCUAAAUGUAGUUAACUGCGUUUCGACCAACGUGCAACAAAGAGUCAUACAUACCAUUCAAUGUGAGGUCAGCUACUUGACGUGCAUCGACGUAUAUGAGUUGCAAAAUAAGUUAAUUGAAGCAAUUCCUUCAUCAAGUGCUUAA